AUGGACCUCCACCUCAAGUCCCCGUUGCCUUUAUCGAACACUCGAUCCGCCGCCACGUUCCCUUUGACCCGCGGGUCCCCCAGUCUGCGACCCAAUGAUCCAACCUCCGACGAGCCGUUCGCAGGCUCCCGCGAACCCGACCGAGGCUCUCGACGCCAUGCUCGUACGACCGAAGAGUCAACAUCUUCCGACGCCCAGAACGAGUCCAAACAGCGACCUUCUGCACGAGCGCUCGUUGAGCCGUCACACGACGGGUCCAAGUCAUAUCACCGACACAAGCACAGCAAGUCACGAGAGAUCCGUCUCCCGCGGCCGAUGAGUCACCUCGCGUCUUCUGCCAGCGCGCGAGGGCUACUGCCUACCUGGUCAGGCAGGGAGAAGGAUCGCGAGGGCGAUGACGGCUUGUUGAGACCUAUUACCCGGGAGAGUACGCGACCCCCCUGGGGUUCCGAGUCAACUAGUGGUAGCCGGAAAGGCAGUCUACUGGAUACACCCGAGCAGAAUGAACGGUUAGGUCCGAUUCGACGACUGGAGAUCCAGUCUAUGGAGGAUCUGGAGCAGGUCAGGAAGCAGCGGAAGCAGGGCGAAGAGUAUCUACGAUCUGCCCUCUCCUCGAUAGGGUCCCUAGCGACGGACGUCACGCGCCGACUCGACUACACAUAUUACAAUUUGCUAGAGAAGAUCACAGCCCUCAACUCGACAAUCGGGUCAUUCCAAGACCUCUCCGAGACGGCGUCCGCGCUUCUUAACGAUUUCGAGCGCGAGACGGCCGGGUUAGACCAGGAGGUUCGGAAACAGAUCAAUGAUCUAAAGGGAUUCGAACCUCAGGUGCAAAAGGCCGACGCGUUGGAGGAGCGGAUGAAACGAGGGCGAGAGCGCGUGGAGGAUCUGGGCCGUCGGCUGGACGCUGUUCGACGCGAGAUUGACAGCUGGGAGCAAAGGGAGUCAGAGUGGCAGUCGCGUAUCAGCCGUCGACUACGUAUCAUCUCGGCUGUCAUGGGCAGCGCAUUCCUUGUGCUUGUGUUGGCCAUUGUGCUUCAGAACUGGCCCGCCAUUGCUUCAAGCCAUAAGAGGUCUCCGUUGCCAACGGAGGGAGCAAAUCGGUCCUCAUUUGGCUCCUAUCAGCCUGAUAUAUGGGAUUCUGUCUUCGACACCAAUGGCCCUGAUAGCCAGGUUGGUUCGUCAAACUACCCGUCGAGACUUGAAGACCGUCUACAGAGUCUCCAAGCCUCGACGAGUGUCACGGUCAGUGUGACCCGGGCCGGUCCCAUCACAACACCUACAGAGCAAGAUCCCUUCCGAGUGCUGGAGGAGCUAUGA